AGAACUUCAUAAAAUCGCUACCUUUACGAGUGCUAAGGUUGAGGUUAAAAUUAAAUUGAGAAAGUACGCAGUACGUACUGUAUCGUAUGUAAGGUAAGUUCGUGCCGUACCGUACAGGAUUGGGCUCUUAGAAACUUGUAUCGCGAUGUAAGAAACGGGGCACGACAGAACCUACGUUAUUCGUACCGUAUGGUACACGCUUUUCGGUCGCUSAAUCAAGCGCACCCAAGUCCUUCCACAAGGAUCAAUAAUAUGGAAAUUUUCGACGCACGUGUACCAUCUCGUACGACCCAUUGUACGUACCAGUACUCCCAAGAGGUAUCGUUCUGGGUGCAAAUUGAAUCAGAGCCGAGACGAUGUAUGAACGGAAACCCAGUUCUCGUUGCUCUCGAGAAACACUUCGSCAGGCAACAAACUGAAAAUGCCCGAAGGCCAGGCAACCACCAAGAUUCGGCAAUCGAUCGAUCAAUCCAGCCUGGCAAAAUGGAUGGUUGCAAAUGACGAGCUCAAGAGCGUCCUCGCCUUCCACCCGGCAGUGUCGUAUUUUUCGGACGAAGAUGCCCUGUGCGAAGCGAUGGAGAUACGCCAGUUCGGAUUCGGGCAGAGCAAUCCGACCUACCUCCUCCAGAUCGGUCGCAGCGACAAGGAUGCGCCGUCGGCAGCGCCGUUCCGCGCCGUCCUUCGGAGAAAACCAUCCUCCGUGGCCCAUCCCUCYGCCCACGCGCUGCACCGGGAAUUCCAGGUGUUGAGGGGACUACAGAAGCACAACCAGCAAAAAACGAAAGACGAACACGUACCGGUCCCGCAUCCGUAUGCGUACUGCAAGGAGAAAUCUGUGAUCGGAGCCGAAUUUUAUCUGAUGGAGUUCGUGCCCGGCCGAAUAUACACGGACUCCUCGAUGCCCGGGAUGACAAACACCGAGCGAAAACGCGCCUUUGAGAGCGUGGUGACGGUCAUGGCCAAUCUGCACGGCGUGGACGUUCGAUCGGUGGGACUCGGCAGCUACGGCAAGGGGGGAAAGUAUGUGCAGCGGCAACUCGAUCGGCUGAAAGCCGUGAGCCGGAGGCAGGCAGAGUUGUCCGGCACCCCCGCACCGGAAAUYGAGCGCCUCGCCCGCCAGCUCGGGGAGUUUGCGGCGGGCUGCCCGAACCGGAUUUCCCUGCUGCACGGCGACUUCAAGAUCGACAACCUCGUCUUUCACCCUACCGAGCCUAGGGUUAUUGCCGUCCUCGAUUGGGAGCUCAGCACCGUGGGCGAUUCACUGUGCGACCUUGCCAAUUUAUGCGUCAUGUACCUGAUGCCGCAGAGCAAGAAGGCCGCAAUAUCCGGUGUCGCCGGCCUCGAUCUGCGGUCCCURGCGAUUCCCACGAGAAAGGAACUCCUUGGGAUGUACUCACGGCACCGAAUACAAACCGACAGAACCACAACGAUAUCCCUCGAGGAAGUCCAAAAGUGGAGCGGAUUUUACCUGGCAUUUGUUACGUUCAAGAACGCGGUGAUCGUUCAGGUAUGUAUCUCGACCACUCCACGUUUUAGAAUCRAAACCCGUUSCGGCAUGCAUGAGUCUUUCUAAUCUUUUCGCGUUUGAAUUUGAAUCUGAUGAAUACUCCAGGGUGUUGCACAACGGGCCAAGGCGGGUGUAGCCAGCAGUGCCAGAGCCAACGAGGUUGCGAAAGCCUUGCCCCUGAUUUGUAUGAUGGCGCAGUCGAUUCUAGAUACAGAGGUUAGGCCACUUCUGACGGGAGAAAAAAAUGAUAGAGUAAUUAGUAGUCUUUGAUAGUUUGAAUCGAAGCAAAUGAAACAACAGAAGCCGUAUCUCGCAAAUUUCAUAUGGAGUUAUAGAUUACGCAUUAUUUUCUUUUUGGUCCAACUCGGUUCUCUCUUUGGCUCGGUUCUAAAAGUCUUCUUUGGCAAUGUUCAUAGAUARAAAGUCCAAGGCGCCCUUAUCGAAUCCAAAAUCGUCUGCAGAGUCUACUAGAGACAAAGCAUAUUCUGGGUUUGCCUCGUUGAGUUGGGAAACUGUGUCGAUCGUAACUAGUUUCUUCUGCUUGCAGAGUUCAAAUGCUUUUGCUGACAACUUUGAACGCGUCUCGCCCUCGGGCAGUUUCGCACACAACCUCAAAAAUAUCUGAUACGUUGCUCUAUUUGGUGGUACGUUAUCUGAAGAACUUUCGUCGUGGAAUUUCUUGAAGACGUCCAACGCAGUGACGAACAAUUCUCUUGUCUUCAAAGGAUCACUCAUAGGAAUCCUAGGUAKCUGGCUUUCUGUAGCAAGAAGAAUACGAUUGAAUGCCGAAGUCUUGUCACGGUCGUCCUUAAAUUUCACGUUGUAUUCCGCCAUCCGUUCGAUCAAAAUCAUCGUCCUUUYCGCAAACUCCUUUAGAUCCAGAUCUUUGCGCCUCAUUUUCGAGUAAAUUAGAUUCAAYGCGUCACACACUGUACCAUUCGGUUGAAAUGCUUCAUCUCCUGUCUCCUUGUAUAAUCGGUGGUACUCAUCGAACAAGACAUUGRCCGAUUUGAUUACCAAAUCGUCGCGAGGGAACACGCAACYCGAUGCUGCGACGAAGACAGGUGCCACAGCGUCGAUAGAAGGCUUCAAUUUGGGRUGCUCGUCGCUCAAAUGGUAAUUUUUCUGCAGUUCACGAAACACGGUUUGAAUUCUUUCGAAAGCUGCAUACCCUCUGUAGCCACUCGCCUGAUGGCUCAUGAUGUCUAUGUAUAUGGCACGACCAGGAAACAAUUGUUGAUCCUCGGUGAACUUGGAAUACAAAUGUAUCUUUUUUACGACCUCCAUCGACCGUUUGGCUGCAGUUCUCGCAGAAACACCCGACAUUGUGUUCAAUCCUUUGAUAAAGGGAUUGUAAACAUAAUAUCCAGGCAGAUCUUCGUUACGUCUGGUGAUCUCGUACCUUUUCUCGAUUCGGUUCAGCCAAUGCUCUGCUCUUUCUAGAGUUCCAGCAGAAAUGCACACUUUCAUGACAAAUGUCAUCAUCUUUGUUGUUGCCUUCUGCGAAGKGUAAUAUUUUUCAUACCUUGCGACAACAUCUUCAGCGAGAUCAACUCCYUCCUGACCUAUGUGUGCYCUAGAAUAGGCCCGUGUWACUAACUCGUAAACUCGCACAUUCGGUCUAACGACGUUUCCGUUGUAAUUGUCAAGCCCAUACCCAAGAGGAAAAUUGAUUUGAGAUAGAUCCUCACCUUCCAAUCUAUAGAACUUGGAUUCUAUCCGCUUUAGUUCAUCAUCCAUAUGAAGGGCUUUGGUUCUUGGAUUACUGAUUGAUCGCUGUGUUUGGCAUUGGAAGAAAUAAAAUGGGCACCAUCGUUUAGGUUGCUGUGCUCGAUUGUUGUACUUGAUGAUUUCGAUUUGGUUGGCUCGUUUGUGGUGAGCURCGUUGCCCGUCAAUCUUUCGUCAKAUUCAGGAUUCUCGGGAUCACUCUCCAGAUCGAAUUUCAUAUCGGCCUCCGACAAAGAGACKCUAAGACCAGAGCUUGAUACAACCGGACGCCGCACUUUCCCAGGAAGUACAAAAGAAAGAGCUCCYGGUGCAAGAAGAGCCAAGGCCAGGAAAUUGAUAAGCAAAAAGGGGACAAUUGACUUCAUUUUCAUUUCCCUUGAGAACAUGUACAAUAAAAGAUUAUGAAGUGAAGCGGAUUUCGAUAGAGAUAGGCAUUCAGCGAAAAAAACGAGAAUGCAACUGUUACAGCUGCCUUUGCCGUAUUGCGAGAUGGGAUUUCGAACUAAUUCAAUGGAUUCGAUCGAGGACGAAUACAAAUGCUUUUAUCAUUUGAUGUUGAUUGAUGGCUUCGGAAUUGUCGUGUCAACCGCGCAAUGAAGCAUUAUAAAAUUUCUGGUCAAACAAGUCCCAAAAGAUCCCACCGGUAUGAUUGGCUCGCUAACGCAAAUGGUUAUUGCAUUGCAAAAACUAAGAUAAUGGGUCAUUCCCGACAGUCUAGAAAGUCUAAAUUUUGACAGACAGACAGACCAAAAAUAGACCAUCUAGUCUCAUUUUUUUUACUUUCUGUAAGCCCCCCCCCAGCCUUACAGAUUUCUAAAUCUAGACCAGAAUCCAAGAAUUAAAAUCCGUUGCAUGACUCAUUAUUAUCCAAUAAAAAUUCGUUGCGUGCGCGCUUUUCUAGUUUUAGUUUUGAAACCAGUCUUAGUCAUUUCGUCUGUUGAGAUUCCGGAUUCCAUUAAAGUAGAAGAGGGCCUAAAGAACUGUCCAUUGGGACCCUGUUUUUAAUGAUUCCCUUUAAACUAAAAAGUCUAAACUAGACCAUUUAGAAUUUUAGACCAUCUAGACUAUCGGGAAUGACCCAAUGCCAGGGCCCUCCGUUUCCUGUACACCCUGCUGCAAAAUGAGAAGGAGAAACAAAGAGAAUGUUUCUCCUUGAAAAGAGCAAUAUUCUCAUUGUUUCUUAUUGUUGUAACAAAAAGAAACCAAGAAAAUAUUACCACUCAUUGUUGUUUCACACAGAGAAUAUUGCCUGCUGGGCAAUGUUUGCAUUGUUGUUGUUUCUCCUCUUUCUUGUUCUUUAAGCAGAGGAGUGAGGAAUAUAAUUGCUGCUGCUGUGCUGGUAGCUACUAAAGUAUUCUCUUUAUUUUUACAUGGUGAAAUGAUGGGGGCAAUUUCUGUUUAGAAAGAGAAACAAAUAGAAUAUUGCCCAACAAGCAAUAUUAUCUUUGUUUCUUUAUGUUUCAACAAACAGAAACAAAGAGAAUAUUGCUAGAACUACUUCUCCUCUUGUUGUUUGUUCUCUUCGAUUUGUCAAAUUUUUUUACAACAAAGAGAAACAAAGGUAAUAUGGAUUUGCUGACAAUACUCUCUUUGUUUCUCUUUGUUUAAAACAUAUGGGAAACCCUUAUCUUGGUUCUGGUUGGCAACUGCUGUUUUCCUCAAAAACUAGCAGAGGGCCCAGUAAUGUGGAGGUUUUAUCAUUCUGUAAAAACGAAAAAUCUGUUUCUGGCCAAUGUACUAGUAGUACUUUUAAAAUAUAGUACUACUAGUACUUCAUUUGCAAAAAUGGGAUAAAACUAGGGUUUAGAUGGAGUGGCUACCAUGUGAAAAAGGAAGUGGUAGUCCACUGCACCACCGUAGUACUACUAGUAGCUAGUAGCCAAUUCCAAAUUGCUCUUCCUCCUUCUGGUGGCAAUAAAUUAGUACUACUACUACAAGCAGAGCUUGAUGAGUAGUAGUACGGCUAAGUCAUGGUUUAGCAGCAGAUGCUGAUGAUAUUUGACAAUUGAAAAUUUUGCUCACCAGUUUCCAGCCAGGUUCUUCACACAAUAAUUAUUUUUCAACCAGGGAUCACUACUAGGUUUCAUUUGAGGGUCCUCUCAUCAAAGCAUUGUACUGGAGAACUGGCACUAUGAAAUAGUAGAGAUUGUUGCAACAUCGUCCAAACAAGUAAGUUGCUUUUAACAUACUGCAUGUAUUGAAUAUUUCAAAGAAAAGGAAAGUCACUGGAAAGAAAACACAAGAAUGAUAUCAUUCUUGUCUUUCACAAGAAAAGUAAGGGUAUCCUCCUCAUUGUUCGUGAUGGUACGAAGGCCACCACCGGAACCAUCUACUACUAGUACCUCACGUCAAAUAAGAAGGAAUGGCUGUUAUCUGAUGUACAAUGGAAAUUGUAUCAAACAAAAGAUAGCACUGUUGUCAAUAGCAAACAUUUCGAAAAAGUUUUAACUCAAACCUGUGCGAUGCUGUACGACCGUCACAGGCAUUGUUAUGUUCGGCACAUUCCUUGAGAGCCUGUAUUUUUCGAUCUGAUCAUACAAUAAAUGUGUCAAAUGGUAGGUAUACAGUUUAAUAUCAUGAAGAAUAUUAUGCAGUUCUUCGUACCAAUAUUCGGUGACCACUGCGAUGGAUGAAUUGAAAAAUAGUAUCUCUCUAUUGUCGUGUUUUAUGUGUCUGCAGGAUCUUCGCCGAAGGAAACAACACUCACUCCAUCUUUAUCAACCUUUUUAAUGAUAAAAUUUGGUUGGCUCAACAUAAAUCUCGUUUGCAUUUCAUUGAUACACUUCUCAACAACCUUAAUGGCAUCAUCUUCGGUCAUGUUGUCCGUGCAUUCCUUGUCGAAGAUCGAAGAGCAAAAAUAUUGAGCGUAGCCUUGUGCCCCACUCUUCACCUUAUGGAGGGCRCCAAAAUAGUCCAGGUAGUAYAGCGAUGCACCCUUUCCCGCAUCGUAUCCACCGAGUAAUACAUUUACUUGAAAAGGUCCUUUUCUCAAAGCUUUAGCCAUUUCUCCACGAGCAAAGUUAGCUUGGGCGUGCGUSGACAGUUUGGUGCCCUCGUUUGCGAGUUCGUACAGACUGAUGUUUUUUGCAAYGUAUCUUCGGUGCGAAGGAAUAACAAUAGCAGAUGUCAGUGCACGUCUCCGUUAAGGAUUGAAGCAAGUACGAUACAUUUGAAGUUUUUUGUUCGGUAAUCCUUUUUUUCUUUCGUGCCAGUUUAUGAAAACGAGCACAGAAAAGGUCAUAACUUACUCUGUGAAAUUUACCAAGUCGCAAUUUGCCCCUGACACCCCCAUCAUCGAAUGCUCCGUCAACUUCGCAAUUUUAUCGAGAUUUUUCUGGUAAGUGAGAAUGGAUCGGCCAUUUGAUUGGUCUGCGGCAAUUACCACUCCACCCUCGUACGAAACUGCGAAAACUGUAUCCGCCAUGGUUUAAAAUGUUGCUUUCAAAGAAGUAUGAUGUUACGAACUUCUGUAUUGCUACGCCAGCGGUUUGUUGGGAAUACGUGCUUUACUAAAAAGGGGCUUGUAGA